CCCUGCCCUCUUGCAAGCUGUUUUUGGGUGGAGAUGUCAUUUGAGGCACCUGCUGAAGUGAGGUGGAGGCCUUUCAAAUGGUGGUGGUGAGGGAUAAGCUAAUAGGUCUGAGCAAGAUGUGGAGAGUGAGGGGUGGACGCAUGUCUCUGUGGGUCUAUGAGGACUCUUGGCUCAGGAAUUUUGCUCGCAUUCUACUGCUGUUCCUUGGUGUCAUUUUCUGGGCAAGCGCAACAGUUCUGACCUUUGGUGGAUGCUUUGUGAUCCUGUUGUGCAAGAACUACCAUCAUUUUUUUCAGGAGUCUUUCUUUCCUCUCCCUGGCUGGCUGGCUGUUGUAGCUGCAUUAGUCCUGCUACCUGUUGGUAUUUUGGCUAUUUCUGUUUCUGUAAGGAACUCCCGUUAUCACCAAGGGACUCUCAUGCACCUGCUGCUAGUUCUUCUUUGUCUUCAAGUGUCUUUAGCAGUUUUGACACAGUUCUACUCUAUUUGGAUGGCAGUUGAGCUGAAGAACACAAUGGGACAAGCCUUCAAUCAAUACAAUGGUACACAUUCCCUGGCUCAUGGCAGCGGGACUGUGGAUAUGCUUCAGAAAAAGCUCCAGUGCUGUGGGCUUCAAAACUAUACAGACUGGCUAAAGGCAUCAGCUGCUUCUUGGCAUUUUCCAUCUGAAAAAUCUCAUAUUCCUAGAAGCUGUUGUAAAAAGUAUGCUGACUGUGGGGGUAACUUAAACCAGCUGGAUCAGCUAUUCCAGGAGGGCUGCCUGAGGAAACUGCAAGACCAAUUGCAUUAUGGAAUGAAGUUCUUGUUUUCUUGCUGUGUUGUGCUCAGUGUCCUAGAGCUGUUGGCUGGAGCAAGCAAUGGCAUCCUCAUGAGCCAUCAGCCUUUCUAUGACUUCCGAUUUCUGGAAUCGUCUGUCUUCUCAUAGGUCAACAGGCAAUGGCAGCAUUGCUUUCCUUGAAUCUCUCUUGUGUUGUGACUGCAUUGAAAGAAAAUUUUUUAUGAUAUAUAUUUGCAUAUAAAUCAAACCAACUGAUCACUGUUUUUUUUUUUUCUUUAAUGUUGCCGUGCUAGAUCAGUCUUCACCCUCUGUUCCUGUUCAACACCUGAAAAACUUCAUUGCUGGAAAUCCCAGCGGGAAGUGUGAGGGAAUCUCAGUAUGUGCUGAAACUGCUGCAAGUGGGUGAUUGUAAGGUAGAGGUAUCAUUUUCUCAGUAAUGUAAGAGAAUGUUGUAAAGUCAUGACCCGAACUUUGGAAUAAGUCUUACUGGGUGAGAUUUUUGAAGUGCAAUUAAAAAGCAGAUUCUUCCACUUA